UGAAACCAUGUUUUAUCCUUACCAAUGGUUUUCAGAAUCCUUAAAACGCAUUUCUAUAGCUAGUGCUAUUCAUCUUGCAAAGACUUUGUUUCGUCCUCCAUCCUCAAGUUUUUGCGAAAGCCCUCUUCCAUUCCCUUUUUCGUAAAUAUACAUGUUUUUUUUUGUUCAUUAGUUUUAUUAGCGAGGUUUUUAUCCUAGAAUAGGAUUUGGUUCUACUUCUCUUUCGGUGUUGUUGUAUACUUGGAAGAAAAUUCAUGAUAUCCUUCAGAAAUGGAGACGUAUAAUGAGGAUAUUCCUAUGCCAGACGCAGGAGCAGAAAAUUUAGGUGGAUUUGCUCCAUUAAAGCAGAAAACAGAAAUUAACUUGAAAGGACGAACUAAGAUGGAUAAUCAAAACGAGUUGAUCGAUAUAUCUAUGUCGCCUGAAGAAAAAAAGCCUUUAAAAAAAACAAUGUCAAAAAGAAAACUGCGGAAGCCAAAAAACAUGUUGGUAUUCCAGGGAAAAGAAAAUGCUGAAAAGCCAUUGAGAAGGAAGUCCAAUACUUCUUCUCAACUAAUCCGGAAAGAACAUGCAGAUGCCAGUCUUUCUACAGACUGGGUACAUGUACAUCGUGACAUUCCCAUCGUAGUCAGUGGAUAUUUGCAGCUGUUGUUUAAUGUUUGUAUUAUUUCGAUUGUUCUUUAUUUCUUAUUUUCACUGGUAUUUACCAUACAAGGUGAUAUACGAAACUAUAUAACUUCAGAACGACAGCUCCUUGCAUACACAGCGAUGGGGUGCCAGAGAGACUAUAACAAGUACGAAUGUGACAGUCCAAGUAAAGCCAUCAGUGAUGUUUGUGAUGAUUUACGGGUCUGUAUUUUGCGGAAAACAAGCAACACAAGGCUAGUAGCCAAAAUUCUGGCUGAAAUCAUAGAUACAUUUGUCACUCAUAUAUCCUAUAAGACCAUGAUUUUUUCGUUAGUGCUGGUUUUUGGAAGCUUGAUUGCCUCCAACUACGCUUUCGGGCUUUUUCGAGCUAAGCACUCUCAAAAUCUGCCUACUUAUGCCACGAGUGCAAUACCUGCUAUGAUCUCUAGUAACCGCUUGCUAGAACAAGGGCCCAACGAUAAUGGUAAUCAGAACCUAUUGAACAUACAGUCCGAAGAAGGAAAGUAGAGGAUGGUUUACUUUUCUCUAUAAUUUUCGUCUUGUCCAUGGUUUAUUCUCUAGUCCAAUGGGCUUUAUCUGAAAAUGAUUGUAUCUGUAUCCAUGUUUGCUAUCCUUUUCCAAACUAUUUUGUAUCCUGUUAAUCUACGCUGAUUAUUUUUCCUCUCUCGUUUACACUUUUGUUUUAUUAUUAUUAUUAUAGUCUUUCAUUAAUGAAUAUCUAUUUCUGCCGUCCUCCUGUUAUUCUUCAAUGAUUAAAAUUGUGAAACAAACAAUCGU